GUCCAAUUUCUCGGGUGGAAUUGCCUGCGAAGUAAUUCAGGGCGGAGAGGAAAAAGCAAAGCGGAAGAGGGGAAAUGGGAGAGAUGGAUUGAUUGGAAGAGGUUGAGAGGUUUGAGGAGGAGGAAGCGAGGAAGUUGAGGUUCUUGACUCAGCAAUGGCAGAAGUUAAAUCUACAUCUAAACGGUGGGAGGAGAUGGAAACUGAUGUGCUAGUAAAGAUUUUCAAGGAAUUGAACAUGAUCGAACUUUCCCCUGUUUCUCAAGUUUGUCAUUCGUGGCGCCUGGCUUGUUCUGAUAUUUGGCUAUGGCAUACUUUUGAUCUGGGCCUUCUGAAAUCAAAUUUUAUUCAAACUAGAGCAUCACCAUAUAUUUGGGUGGAUGAUAGGUCUGACAGGAGGUUGACUCGAGUAUUAAAAACUGCAAUGGCCCUUAGUCGUGGAAAUAUCACUUGCUUGAUAUUCCACUUCGAUUUGUACAUGAAAGAUGAUCACCUUAGCUACAUCUCUGAAAGGUGCCCUCAUCUCAAGAGACUAGUUUUGCCAGCUUGGAAUCGCAUUACAAAGAAUGGAAUCUGCCAAGCUAUCCAAAGAUGGCAAGAGCUGGAAUCUCUGACAAUGCCUUGGAUUGCUCAUCCCCCAUAUAUCAUGGAGGAAAUAAGCAGGAAUUGCAAGAACUUUACCCAACUGAAGGUCAUGGGUUCCUUUGACAUGAAUUUUGCAUUAGCAAUAGCAGCUAAUAUCCCAAAACUGAAAGUCUUAAGUGUGAGGUGCUCUAUGCUGAUGAAGGAGGCUCUACUGUAUAUUUUGGAUGUCAUGGAGGAUCUAGAGGUGCUUAACAUCUCACACUGUUUCCUGCUUGAAGGUCGAUCAACUACAUUUCCAGGAUCGAGGAUGGUCAAGGAACUCGAGGAAUCCAUUCUUUGCAAAACCUCCCGGUUGCGUGAAUUCUUGUACUGCCAGAGCAGCUCAUGCAUUACAUGUCAGAGGAUGAUUUUAGAUGAAGGUCUGAUGAGAUGGUGGAAGUACGAGGACUGGUUCUGGCGCUUGGACGAGGUAAACUGCCUUGCUCUGGAAGGCUAUGGCAAGUUGUUUGAUCAAAGCUCUGUGAAUAUAGCAUUGCGAGACUGAGUGCUAUCUGUAAGUCAUAAUCCGUGCCGCACAGGUAUCAUUUAGGUAGUUUUCUUUUAUUGUCCAUGUCUGGAAAAGAAAAGAAAAAUAAUAGCUGUUGCAGCUAUUACCUUAUUUUGGCAUCACAAACUAAAUAAUCAUAGCUUGUUGUUUUGUGUGCUUUCUAGUUGAUGAAAGUAAAUAUGGUAUUUUGAUAAAUGUAAACGAAGUUUUCUGGUUCCUAUAGGUUCAUGUUUUUUCUGAACAAUUGAACUAGAGGAUCAAGAUAUAACCUAAGUCCUUGAUGUUUCGAUGGAAUCACCUCGAGUAAGUUUUGUUAGACGUAAGACUUCUGCUUUAUCAUCCCUGUUUAAGAUGAUGCUGAAAAUGCAGAAUGAAGUUUCUAGUUUUUAGGUGUAAUUGUUGUAUCGAUCAAAUGCGCGAUAACUUGUGUUACUGUAUAUCCUUGCUAUAUAUUUGCUGCUAAUGAGAGUUGCUCUUUUAAGAUUUCUUUCACA